AAAUUUUGAAGCAAUUUAAUGUUGAUAAGGACACUAGCUAGACCUUUCUUAUUAUCUCUACUGACACAAUGGCUACCCCUUGUGUUCUCUGGUGUCUUGUGUUGGCUGAUCUUAUUUUACUGUCAUCUGGAGCAGAGCUAGUUCAAACCUCUCCAUCUUAUACCCCACUCUGUCCUGGUGAUAGACUAGUACUCACUUGUACAACUACCACUGGAGCUGCAUUUUGGAAAAUACCUGGACAUGACAAUCAAGCAGAAGAAAUAUUAGGACCAACAACUAUUGAAGGACUUAUGCUUAAUGUUACCAAUAAGGAUGGUAAUACAGUAACAAGUACUGGUAUCUAUCAAUCAAUAUCAGUGUCGUUAAAUGGAUCCCAGGUUUCUUGUGCUAGAGAAAAUUCAAUUAUUGAUCCUCAAUUUGUUACAAUUACUAUUAACAUAACAGAUCCACCAGUAGCUGUGACUGAUAUAAGCAUAAAUCCAAUUAAUGAUAGUUCAAUAUUUAUUACUUGGUUGUAUCAACAGAACAUACAAUGUAUAGCGAACUAUACUGUUAUGAUUAAUGUCGGUAAUGUAUCUUCUCAAUACAGCUCUAUUGAGAAGAGUGCGAUUUCAGCUCUGAGAACUGAUCUUAGCUAG